AUGAAAGAUUUAGCUAAAGAUGAACUUCUUAUAGAUUUAACAGAUGAUAUUAAUGAUGAUAUGUUCACUGAUGCAAAAGAUAAUAACAAUGCAUUGGCUGGUAUAAAGGACGAUAAUAAUGCAUUGAUCAAUGCAAAAGAUGAUAAUAAUGUAUUGGUAAGUACAAAGGGUAAUAAUAAUGCAUUGGUUAAUACAAAGAAUGAUAAUAAUAUAUUUGCUGAUACAAGAGAUGAUGAUUCAUCAGCUGGUAUAAAAGACGAUAAUUUAUUAGCUAAAGGUGAUUCAGAAACAGGCUUUUUAGAUGAUUGGGACGUUGAAAUAAAUAGUUUUAAUUUGAUGAAAAUAUCAUAUCAAGAAUAA